CAGUGAUAUCAAUAUAAGACAGAGCUGAGAGAGACAGCGGCAUCAAAGCCAUGAUUAAGACUUUGUGUGUUGCUGUUGUUGUGCUGAGUCUCACCUCAGUGUGCCAGCCUGCGUCGCUGGCCUGUGAAACACUGCUGAAGCCAAUCGACAAAGGACCCGAUUUGUCUGGGAUUUGGUACUUUAUAGCCAUGUCCUCGAACACCUGUUUGCCACCAGUACUUUUGAGUACUGUUAUCUGGCCAAGUGUUGCAGUGGACAUUACCUCAACGGCCACACCAAACAUCUACGAUGCCAACUUUAAAAUGAAAAUGUAUGGAGUUUGCAAUAAUAGUACUUUCCCAAUUUUCUAUGGGAACAACACAGUAUCUGAAGUUGGCAGCUACAAUGCCCAAAAACCUAAGCUAGCAAUGCUGCUGCAAAGCGGGUGUCCAGACUGCCUCAUUGUGAAAGACGAUUCCUUCGUUAGCCAUCUUGUGCUUUUCAGUAGGAGGCAGAUUGUCACUGCUGCUGAGCUGAAGGAGUUUGAGACACAGGCAGAUUGUCUUGGCUGGUACAAACCACAACUCCUAAACACAGAUCAUGAUUAUGAAAACUGCACUGCACAGACUGGUGAUGACAUUGAUAUUGAUACUCAUGCAUCAGCGGCUAAAAUACUGAAAAACAUGUUUUCAGCACCGUUCCGCUGUCUUUCAGAGAAAGUUCUUUAUUACCCCCGUAGUGCCUUUGCAUGGGCACAGCAAACAUGGAAUAGUUUAUGGUAAAUGCACUAAGUAUGUGGUAUUGCUUGGUAAAAACUGUACGUUUUUGUAAAUCACACAUGCGGGCCUGGAGUUUAUAUCAUGGGAAUAACUGCAUCAAUUUAAUCACAAUGAAGAAAAUGUGCAGUUAAAUCUUCCCUAAAAUUGUUCAACCCUAGUAACAGCUACUACUAAGAAAAAAUUCUACCAGUACCCCUGACAAGGGGUUUUAAUGCCCAAUGACAAUCUUUCAGCUUAAAUGUCAAUCUAGCAAUUCAGUUCGCUCCCAAAUCUUGCAAAGUGUUGGAAAAAUCAGUUGAAAACAUUUAGACUUUUCAGUGUUUGGUGAUUUGGUCUUAGAAAUUUUUGCACAGUAUGUCUUUGAUUCACAUCAAAUGGACUCUGGAUUCAUCUUCAUGCUUGUUUUUUGCGUAACCACUGUUGCUGGCGUGCCUCUUUGUUAUAAAUAGAGUUGAGAAACCUGUGGUAACCUGCAUUUUGGCUGAAGGAUUUUGGAUCAGGACGUGUUUACUGAUAAGUCAAAGUUAAAUUGUAGUGAAUGAAAGAUGUUUAGAACAUCCAUAUAAUAAUUUGUGUAUAUUUCAAUUAAUCAUUUUUCUUUAGCCUUUCAAAACCAUGGUUUUGAUAGAUCACGAGGAAGUUAAAUCGGUAGCAUGUAUGUGUGUUUGUGUGUUUGCUCACUGCCUGACACAGUGCCAGUUUGUGUAAUUUUAAAGCAAUAGUCCUAUUGUUUCAGAGGUGGUACACAGACAUAGCCCUUUUCACAGCUGACAUUUUGAAUUGUUAAACAGAGGCGUUACCUACUACCACUAAGAAUAGUGUACUUGGGGUUUUCCUGCCAAAAAUAUACACAGUGAGAGCAGCAAACAUAUUGAUCCACAUGUAGAGUGUUAUUGAAGCUGGUGCUAUUGAAGUAUGUUACAGCAUAGCUGUGGUAUUGGAUUGCAUUAGAUUUAAUGAAAUAGCUACCCAGUUAAUUUAAAGCUCAGCCACAAUAAAAGAUUUUACAGACCGUGGUGACCCCCUUUAUACCGUGAAAUGAAAUUAGUGGAGAGAUGUUGACAGAGAUGUUCUUGGUGUCGCAGUCCAUGUAAAUAUUAGCCUUUCUUUGGCAGUUGUUAGUGAAGAGGAGCCGGACUGAAAACACGGGGGAGAAAGGAGGGGUAUGACAUGCAGCAAAGGUACCUAACCAGAAUCGAGCCAUGGACGUUGAGUAGCAAGCACUGUAACCAUUAAAUGACCAGAGCACUCCAAAAGCUUUGGGUCUUUGACUGGUGCUCAAAUAAAACAAGACAUUUGAAUAUGU